AUGGGCGAACCGCUGAACGGGACAAAGUCACCUGAGUUAUUAGACAUUGAAGUAGAGAUGACGCUUAUGUCAGGAAGACUGAAUGAACUCAAAGCUAACCAAGCUUCCCAGAAAGAAGAAAUGAUUGCCAUGAAGGAGUUUGGCGUUGAAAGGGCAAGAUUAUUUGGAUGGCAAAAUUCUUAUGUGUUUACAAAGGCAAUGGGAGAGAUGAUAAUUAGUGAAUCUAAAGGACAUGAUCAUAAAAUUGUUAUAUUAAGACCCACUAUUGUUACUAGUACUCUCAAAGACCCAUUUCCUGGUUGGAUCGAAGGCGUUAGGACCAUUGAUGGUUUCUUCCUUGCUUUUGGUAAAGGGAAGUGUAGAUGCAUUGCAGGGAAUUCUCAGAUCAUCGUAGAUGUGGCAAGUUAA